CGGCGUGAGCGGCGAAAGCCGGGAGGGCGAGCGAGAGAGCUAAGCAGGCAGCAGGCGGCAGGCGGGCGGGUGGCCGGCCGGCACGGAGGGAGGGAACGAGAAAGCGGUGAGCAAGCCAGCGAGGGCGGCCGGGUCCCGAGGGCAGCGGAGAUUCCUCAGGCCCCUCCGGCGCCCUCCCCGGAGCCCACAGCACCUCCGGCACCCAGCGGAGCGGACACGGCCCGGCCCGGCCAUGGCCUCGUUGCUGAAGGUGGAUCAGGAAGUGAAGCUUAAGGUUGAUUCUUUCAGGGAGCGGAUCACAAGUGAGGCAGAAGACUUGGUGGCAAAUUUUUUCCCAAAGAAGUUAUUAGAACUUGAUAGUUUUUUGAAGGAGCCAAUCCUAAAUAUCCAUGACCUGACUCAGAUCCACUCAGAUAUGAAUCUUCCUGUCCCCGACCCCAUUCUCCUCACCAAUAGCCACGAUGGACUGGAUGGUCCCACUUACAAGAAACGCAGAUUGGAUGAGUGUGAAGAGGCCUUCCAAGGAACCAAGGUGUUCGUGAUGCCCAAUGGCAUGCUGAAAAGCAACCAGCAGUUGGUGGAUAUUAUUGAGAAAGUAAAGCCUGAGAUUCGGCUGCUGAUUGAGAAAUGUAACACGGUCAAAAUGUGGGUACAGCUUUUGAUUCCCAGAAUAGAAGAUGGGAACAACUUUGGGGUGUCUAUUCAGGAGGAAACAGUUGCAGAGCUAAGGACUGUGGAGAGUGAAGCUGCAUCUUAUCUGGACCAGAUUUCUAGAUAUUAUAUUACAAGAGCCAAAUUGGUUUCUAAAAUAGCUAAAUAUCCCCAUGUGGAAGACUAUCGCCGCACCGUCACGGAGAUUGAUGAGAAAGAGUACAUCAGCCUCCGGCUUAUUAUCUCAGAGCUGAGGAACCAGUAUGUCACUCUACAUGACAUGAUCCUGAAAAAUAUUGAGAAGAUCAAACGGCCGCGGAGCAGCAAUGCAGAGACACUGUACUGAGGCCAGGGCCAGGGCCAGGGGACUCUGUGAGUCUGGCUCAAGACCGACAUUGCCUUGGUUUGUUACAUGACUAUCGUGAUGGGGAAACUGGCUGGAAAUAGUAAUCACACCUCUCUGUUUUUAGUUAGAGUCUAAUGAAACUCUCAUGUAGUUCUGUGACGUGUUUACCUCUUUUUUCAGGCCUCAGGAACUCCUCUGUCUCCUUCCCCAAUACCCCACACCCAGCCUGUCCUAAUUUCUGGAGAACUCCAGGUUUGUGCAAGAUAUUGGCACAAGAAUAAUUGUGAGGUUUUUUUGUUUUUUCUUCCCUUCUCUCUCUCUCCUUCCUUGUUUUAAGUUUUGUGUUUUCUUCCUUUUAAUGAUUAGUUGGUUAAACGCUGGAGGAACUAUAAGGAAAGUGUUAGGUGUCGUUUAGGAACUGGGGAAGUGGAGGUGGAAGGGACAUCUCUUCCUGUCACAAGGCUAGUGUCUCUUGCUUCUGUGGGACCUUGGGUCCUCCCUACCACAGCUGCCCUGGUGAUGCCUUGGGCUUUCCACCUACGUUCAUCCCAGUGGGGCCUGGCCGUGACGAGGGCACCUUAGGCCUUCAGCUGUGUCCUUAGAGCUCCUUUGGAUGUUUUUAUAACUGGGAUUUUCACACACUCGUGUGUGCAUGUACACACGCAUAAGGACAUGUAUACAUGCUUCCUGCUCCAUUAUAGAACAUAGCCUUCCUUCCUGCACACCACCCCUCAGCCCCUGUUACACACAACACCUCAGCAGGUGAUAGUUGUCUCAGUCAUCCACCCAGGCAAAAGUCCCAGGCCACCCUCUUCUGAUAAUGUAGCCGUUGGUGCCAGGGUAAGUUGAAGGAGAACCAAGAGCCGAGCCGCAGAGGGCUUGUGAGGGCCUACGCUCUGUGCCUCAGGUUCUUUCUGGUGUUAUGCAAAAGCUGGUCCUCUGGCCCCGCUUGCCCUUCUCCCAGGCCAGCUUGUGCACUGGGUAGGGCAAGAGCGGCUGUGAGGUCCAGAGGCUGUUGCUCCUCGCUGUGCUUUCCCUUUGGGAAAUAUUUCUCGUAUUUAUAGUAUUGUGCUUCCAGGGAAAGCAGUAAUUCAUGUGUAUAUGUGUGUGCACAUACACACGUGCACAUGUGUGUGUUCGUGCGUGUGUAAAUAUGCUGCGAAGGUCAAACCAUAGAAGAGUUGCCUCCUCUUGAAUCUUCCAGAGGUCACUUCCUACAGCUUUUGUGUUAACCCUGUCAGCCCCAGCUAAAAGUGAGAGUUGAUCUCUGCAGUUAGCCUGCCAGUGACUCUCAGUGUCUCUUUGACUUUGAUUCCUCGCUGUCUUCCGAUUUCAAUCAUAUUUCCACCUGGGAUGCAUCAUUUUCACUCCCAGUAUUCUAGAAAAGGAGUCAGGAUGCUCUCUUCCCAUGAAUAGUGCUCAGUAACAAACCAAUUGCAUUUUAGUUGGGCAGUACUCUUCCCGCCCCUCAGACCCUUCCUGUUAAACCCCUUCCUGCCUCCCGUGUGUUUCUGUUUCCCUUUUCGUUGGAUUGUUCCACUGCUCCUCCUCACCUUCUACCCUUGGAUUGUAAUGUAAAAUUCUUUUACCAUGUCAAGAAAUUAUUAAAAAUACAGGUACUUUGACCUCUUUCUAAA